GAUACGACCCGGUUGCCUCAUCGAGGCGGGCGGGAUACAUAUAUGCGCCCGUCUCUGAUAGCAGGACAACAGACGCCCCGCCGGCAUCGCGCGCCACAGUCGAGUCAUACUGAACUCAGGUAGCUGCCUCUGCACCAGCCUUUCUCCCUCUAGACGCCUUUCGAUAUGUGCACCAGCGACGUACUCCCCUCUGAGCUCUGGCUCGAGGUCUUCGACUGGGCGCUCACGCCGGGUGCGGAGUGCAAUCCCUACACCGACUCCUACGUGCCCUUCCACGCGGAGAUGGACGACUUCGAGCGCCUCGCGAUGAAGCGCACGCUCAACCUUGUGUGCCGUCUAUGGCACGCGCUCACCACGGAGCUACUCUAUCGGGACGUCGUGAUUUCUCCGAAGAGCACCCACGCGCUACACGACCUCCUCGAGCGCGAGUGCAAGGAGCAUCCGAGCUACGGCAAGUGGGUGCGCCGCGUCGUGCUCCCCUACACCAGCACCGUCACCAAGUCGCCGAAGCCUCUCGAGUCGGUCGACAUCCUGAAGAGCUGUCCGAAUCUCGAGGUCCUCGUCCGCCCACCGGUGAACACGCCCGAGCCCCUCGAAUUCGAGUUCGAGGCCGACGACGUCGCUUGGCCCUCCCUCCGCCGCCUUGAUUGGUACGGCCACGGCGAAGCCGAGCGCACUGGUGGCGUCAACUCGCUACAUUCCGUUCUCCAUAACGCGCCCAGCCUUCGGUACCUCCUAGUAGGCUCCGUCGGCCAAUCUGGUGAUGCGCUCUCUGGCGUCGCCCCGGGCAAUCUCUGCCUCCCUCAUCUCGAGACGCUCCGCCUCGACGGCGUCAACGGCAUGCUGCUUCACCAAAUUUGCAGCCGGUGGGCCCUGCCCGCGCUCACGCACGUCGUCCUCGACUCCCCGGCGCUCGGACUCGACAUCGACGCCGUCUGGGACGCGUUCGGCGACCAGCUCGAGAUCGUCGAGUGCGGCCGGCACAUGCGCUUCCUCUUCGGCGACGUGCUCACACCGUGCCUCGGGCGCUGCCCGAACCUUGAGGAGCUGAACUACCAUGUGUUCUACACGUCCGCGCCCGCGUCGGUCGAGGGCAUCUGCCACAAGGGCCUGAAGACGGUCGGGCUGCAUGCGGCGGUGAACAAGGUGUUCAGCAAGCCCGCGGAGAUCUGGGCGCACCUGCAGAGCCACGUCGACUUUAUCGCGAGCGACGCGAUGCCCGGGUUGAAGACAAUCAACCUGUACGGCCAGUGGAGGGGCAUCAUGCGCCAGCCCGCCUUCGAGGCGAUGUGGAAGCAGCUCGUCGGUCGCCGCUGCUCCAUCGUCUACAACGGCCAAGUUUUGGUCGCAUAAUCACCUACCUCCUGUCGUCUUUUCUCCUCCUUCUCUUGUCUCUUUUCGUCUCACUCAUAGAUAUAGACAGCAUCCUCAUCGUAGAUCUCCAUAGAGCGUCUAAUCCUUUCUAUUAUCUUGGUUCUCAGUCGCUUAUCUCCCGGGUAGAAAUCAUGCUCACGGACUCACCUAUCACAUCUCCACGAUACCCGCACGUACUAUAGCUGUUGUCUGUCUGUUACCUUGCUUGCAAGGUCUUUACCUUGCUUGCAAGGUCUUUACCUUGCUUGCAAGGUCUUACUCAGGUGCCUUUGGGCGGAACCUAUUUCACAAAUAAGUCCAAACAUAUGACGGUUGUUCUUGUUUCUGUCCUUUUUAAGCAUCGUCUCCGAACAAGGUGGUGAUCUCUAUCA